UUGGCUUCACCACCAACUCAUCUGAACAACAAUGGCCUUUAAGAUCGUUAUCUUCUCUUGCCUCUUGGCGCUUGCCCAAGCUAGCGUUGCACCUGUAGCAGUAGCUGCUCCCCUUACAGCGGCUCCUGUAGUGGCAGCACCAGCAUUCGCAGCCAGAUUGGAAGAAUUCGAUCCUCUUCCGCAAUAUCGAUUUGGAUACAAUGUAGCUGAUGCACUCACCGGUGAUUACAAAAGCCAGCAAGAACAACGUGAUGGUGAUUUAGUGCAAGGAUCAUAUUCACUCGUAGACCCCGAUGGUACGCGCCGUACUGUAGAUUAUUCCGCUGAUUCUGUCAAUGGAUUCAAUGCAGUCGUGCGAAAGGAGCCACUAGUUGCUGCACCGGCAGUAGUUGCUGAACCAGCAGUUGUACCCGCCCGCCUUUCUGCUGCUCCUUAUGCCGCAGCUCCCAUCGUUGCUGCCCCAGUAGCUAAAUACACUGCCGCAUACACAGCUCCUUUGACAUAUGCAUCAUACACUGCUCCAGUUGCAAAACUAGCAUACUCCGCACCUUUUGGCUAUCCAGCACCCGUAGCAAGAUUUGCGUAUUCUUCACCAGUUGCUAGGCUGACAGCAGCUCCAGUUGUAGCUGUCUAAUUUAUUCAGAUUUACACCUAAAAUUGACUGAUUUCUCUCUCUUUUAUAUGGCCAAUAAACUUUUUUAUUUGUGACAUUUAAUUAUAUGUUACCU